AUGGGCCGUCUGAGCAGACAGCCGUCGGGGCAACAAUCCGUAGAGGAAGCGGCGGUCGGAGUCAAGCGGGAGGAGUCCGUGGAGGGUGAGCCAACAGAAGAGGCGCGCAACACCAACGUAGCCCUCAAGCAGAAAAACUCUGCCAAACCCUCAGAUUCACCUUCCUCCGACACACUUCAACGCAUAAAAUCGCACUCGCCGUCCAGCUCGCAAUCGGUCUCGCCCCAGCAAUUAUUUGCUGACACAGAGGACAGUCCAGUGAGCGCCAAGAAGGAGUCUGAGGAGCCGGAUGCGAAUGGUCACACUUCACCCUCCGCGUCUCCCGUCAAGCUUGAAGCCAAAGAAGCUCCGAAGCCCACAAAGUCUGCUCGGGGAGCUGCCUCCAAAUUACCUCCUCGUGUCGCUCCUCUGUUCAACGACCUUCCUGAUGCCACCGAAGAGGCUUGUUCUACCUUUGAAGUCAUCGAAAGCUGCACCUAUCAAAAUAAAUACCUGGGCUUUAGCGAACAUGCUCUCGACUGUGACUGUCAGGAAGAAUGGGAUCCGACCUCCAAGCAGAAUCUCGCAUGCGGCGAUGAUUCCGACUGCAUCAACCGCGCCUGUAAGAUGGAAUGUGCCAAAGACUGUGGUUGCGGUCCUGCAUGCCAGAAUCAGCGAUUCCUUCGCCGUCUUUGGGCCAAUGUCUCAGUCAUCAAGACGGAGAAAAAAGGAUAUGGUCUUCGCACCAACGUUGAUCUCCGGCCUCACGACUUUAUCUUCGAAUACAUUGGCGAAACCAUCCCCGAGAACACUUUCCGGAAGCGCAUGAGACAGUAUGACGAAGAAGGGAUCAAGCAUUUCUACUUCAUGUCCCUAAGCAAGGGUGAGUUCAUCGACGCGACCAAAAAGGGUAAUCUUGGUCGAUUUUGCAACCACUCCUGCAAUCCCAACUGCUACGUCGACAAAUGGGUCGUCGGCGACAAGCUGCGAAUGGGCAUAUUUGCAGAACGGUACAUCAAGGCUGGCGAGGAGCUGGUGUUCAACUACAAUGUCGACCGCUAUGGUGCCGAUCCUCAACCUUGUUACUGCGGUGAAUCGAACUGCACGGGAUUCAUUGGCGGCAAAACCCAGACGGAACGCGGCACGAAACUCUCCGCUGCAACCAUUGAGGCUCUUGGUAUCGAUGAGGCAGAUUCCUGGGAGACCACCGUCGCCAGACGGCCUCGCAAGAAGAAGGUCGCCGAGGACGAUGAAGACUACGUCGACAGCCUUGAAGCCAAGUCACUGGAUGCUGACAGCGUGACCAAGGUCAUGGCUGCACUUAUGCAGUGCAAAGAGAAAUGGAUCGCUGUGAAGCUGCUGCAGCGGAUACAACGAUGCGAGGAUGACCAGGCAUGGCACAAAGUGGUCAGAUUUCACGGUUAUCAAAUACUCAACUCCCAGCUCGCUGCUUGGAGGGACGAUGAGAAUAUCAUUCUACAGAUUUUGGAUAUCCUGAACCGACUGCCACGGCUCACCAGAAACAAGAUUGUCGAUGCAAAGAUUGAUAAAACCUUGGAACCUUUGACGCAGCAUCCUGAUGAGAGAGUCGCGAGCCAGGCGUCACAAUUGCUCGAUGCAUGGUCCAAGCUCGAGUUGGCCUACCGAAUACCACGCAAGAAGAGAACUGAUGCGUCAAACAUCGUCAAGCCCCAGCCCACGCCGUUCGAAAGACGGGAGUCUGCGCAGGAACGCAAACGAUCAAAGUCUAGGUCUCGCUCUCGUUCUCGGACACCUCCUAGAGGCCCUUCAAGCGUGCCCUCCGGUCCCAAGUCGUUACAGCGUCCGGCAGCCAAGAUCCUCGGCCGCGCUCUUCCAUCUUUCACUCGACCUCCUCCGCCAUUGCCCCGAGGCUGGUUUGCAGCGCAGGAUAACGGGAGAACGUAUUACUACUCGACCAAUGGACAAACAACAUGGUCAAGGCCUACCAAACCGGCUGACGAGCCUCCUCCCCCGCCCAAGCAGCCUUCUGAGCAGGAUCUCUUGAAGAGCAUCAUUGACAAUAUCGUCACCUCCCACGACAAAGAAAAGCAAACUGCCACUCCGGACACGCCCAAACCUGUCAAGGUGAAGAAGGAGGAGAAGUGGAAAUCAUACAAUGAAGAGAAGCAGAAGAAGUUGUAUGAGAAUACUCUUUUCCCGCUCAUCUCCCAUGUUAUGAACAAGUACAAGAACAAAAUCCCACGCGACGACCUUAAACGUUUUGCCAAAGAGGUUGCUAAGAAGCUCGUCGCGUCGGAUUACAAGGCUGGAAGGGUCAAAGAUCCCACCAAGAUUGAGGAGAAGCAACAGAAAAAGGUCAAGGAGUUCUGCAAGCAGUUCUUUGAAAAGGCAUACCAGAAACAUAAAAAGCACGAAGCGGACAAAGCCGCCCGGCAGAAGAGUAAGAAAGGUUCCAGUACUCACCGGGGCGAACCGUCAUCGUCAGAACAGGCGGCGCCAUCCAGCUCUAAGGUAGAGGAUGUGUCUCCUGCUGAUGAAGAUGAUGAAGCGGAAGAUGUAAAAAUGUCGAUUUCUGACGACGAAGAUGCCGACAACACACCCAGUGAGCAGACUCCUAUCGCGUCAAAUGGCACCACCGAGCCUACGUUGAAACGCAAACGCGCACACGACAAUGAUUCCUCUAUGGUGCUUGGAGAUGAAGAGGAAGAGGAACCUACGGGAUCGCCCAUGAAAAGGUUGAAUCUGGACGUCGACACUCCAACGACACUGACACCGCCUCCUCCACCCCCACCGCCGCCGGCGCCGCCUGCCGAAACACCUCCAGACAGUACACCACGAGAAGGUGAGGCCGAGGCCGAAAUGGACAUGGACAUAGAGACGGAACCGGAGACCGACAUCCACGCCGAUACAAAUUUUAAGGGAAAGAGUAUGGCGGAUGUGCUGGCUCAAGCGCAACAAGAAGACGAUGGUGAUGAAGGUGUUGAAGAAGCAAAUGGGGAUAACUUGAAGGCCGAGUCAGAUAAUCAAGGCAAGAAGGAUGGUGUCAAUGGGAUUGGGACAUCGGCUGGACAUGGCCCAGGCCAAAACAUGGAGUUGGACAACCCUUCGGUUGAAGGACAAGAGUUUCCCGAGGAAACACGAUGA